GCUGGCCGCGGGUGCCCACGGCAUCACGUGGAGCUGCACCAGCACAGCCACGGCCAGAGGCCGCCGGAGCCGCGCCGAGAGCAGCCACGGCAGUGAGGGACAGGGAGAACCCCAUCGCAGAGCCAGGUGGCACUGUCCCUGUGUCCCUGACACCAGCUCCUGGGCCCGGCUGUCCCACUGUCCCAGUCCCGUAGGUCUGUGUUCCAGGUGUCCAACUCCCAGGUGCUCCUGUUUGCUAUGUCCCUAUCCCAGAUUUCCCUGUCCCAAAUGUUCCCCCGUGUCCCUGUUCCCAUUAUCUUAGGUAUUCCUGUCCCAGGUGCCCCUCUAACCUCUAGAUGUCCCUGUCCCAACUCUCCCUGUCCCCAGGUGUCUCUGUUCCAAGUGUCCCAGCUGUCCCUGUCUCCGUGUGUCUCAGUCCCAGGUGUCCCUGUCCCCAGGUGUCACAGACCCAAGUGUCCCUGUCCCAGAUGAUCAAGCUUUUUCAUGUGUCCUGGCAUCAAAAAUCCCAGUCCCAGGUGUCCCUGUCUGCAAGUGUCUCUGUUUCCAGGUCCCAGCUGUCUCCAGGUGUCCCUGACCCAGGUGACCCAGGUGACCCGGGUGUCUCCGUUCCCUUAUAUCCCCAUUCCCGGUGUCCUUGUUCCAGGUGUGCUGUCCCUAGGUGUCCCUGCUCCUCAUGUCCCAGCUGUUGCUGUCCCCAGGUAUCCUAGACCCAAGUGCCCCUGACCCACAUGUUCCUACUCCUGUUAUCCCAUGUGUCUUCAUCCCAUGUGUCCUGACCCAGGUAUUCCAGGUGUUCCAGUCCCAUGUGUCCCUACUCCCAGUGUCCCAUGUGUUUCUGUCCCAGGUGUCCUAUCACCCAGAGUCCCCACUCCCAACCUUCCAUGUCACCAAGGUGUUCCACGUGUCCUCGCAUCAGGAGUCCCUAUCCCCCAGCAUCCCAGUUUCCAAUCUUCCAGUUUUCCCACAGCAUCCCAAAUGUCCCUGACCCAGGUGUUCCAGGUAUCCUAACAUCACAUCCCUGUCCCUCAGUGUCCCUGUCCUCAGUCUUCCAGGUGUCCCUGUCCCUGGGUGUCCCAGUGCCACAGCUAUUCUUAUCUCCUAGUAUCCCAGAUCCAGGGUCCUGACCCAGCUUGCAGGUAGAGAGUGGUGACCAGCCACCCCGGAACCCCCUCAAAAAGUGUCUCCAGAAGAGUGGCCAUGUGGUUGGGUGCCCGCCUGGACACGCUGCCCACCCCAGCACUGACCAUCGACCUCACCACGGCGCGUCGCAACGCUGAGCGCAUGCGGGAGCACUGCCGGACCCUGGGCGUCCGCCUGCGACCCCACGUCAAGACCCACAAGACGCUGGAAGGCGGUUUGUUGGCCACCGGCGGCACGCGUCGCGGCAUCGCCGUCUCCACGUUGGCCGAAGCGCGGUUCUUUGCGGAUGGUGGCUUUGAUGACAUCCUGCUGGCCUACCCGUUGCCCACCACACGGCUGGAGGAGUGUGCAGGGCUGGCACAGCGCCUCGAAGACUUCCACGUGCUGCUGGACCGCCCCGAGGCGCUGGCCAGCCUGCGGCGGCGGCCGCUGGCCCAUGGCAAACGCUGGCUCGUCUGGCUGAAGCUCGACUGCGGCAACGGCAGAGCUGGCGUGCGCCCAACGGACCCUACUGCCCUGGAGCUGGCCCGGGCCAUCGCCAACGAUGCACCCGAGGAAGUGACAUUGGUUGGGGUCUAUGCACACUGUGGGAACACCUAUGGCUGCAGCGGGGCAGAUGCCAUCCAGGCCAUCGCCAGGACCACCACCAACGCUGUCCUCGGCUUUGUGGCUGCGCUGCGGCAGGCUGGCGUGCCCUGUCCCCACGCCAGCAUCGGCUCCACUCCCUCCUGCAGCCUCCCCAUUCCUGAGAUGUCCCAACUCACCGAGCUGCACCCGGGCAACUACAUCUUCUACGACCUGCAGCAAACACAGCUGGGCUCCUGUCAGCCCCGGGACGUGGCCAUCCGUGUCCUCACGAGGGUUAUCGGGCACUACGCACACCGAGGGCAGCUGCUGGUGGACUGUGGCUGGACAGCACUCAGCCUGCACGGGGCAGGAGCGGGACGGGGCCCCCAGGGCUGCGCUGCCGUCGAUGGGCACCCCGAGCUGCGGUUGGUGGGGCUGACGCAGGAGCACGGGCUGCUGGAGCACGCUGAUGGACAGAUGGAUUUUGGGAAGUUCCCCUUGGGCAGCGUGCUGGCGCUCAUCCCAUACCACGCGUGCGCUACGGCGGCCAUGCACCCUGUGUACUACGUGCAUGAGGAGGGGCAGGUGGUGGCCCUGUGGCACCCCGUGCGUGGCUGGUAGGGCCCCAUCCCACUGCCCAUAAUGAGGUCCCGCGCCCACAGUGUGAGGUCCUAUAGCCAUAACGAGGUCCUGUGCCCACAAUGACAUCCCACACCUACACCGAGAUCCUGCAGUCACACCGAGAUCUUGCAACCCUGCUGAGAUCCUCGUGGCCAGCACGAGAUCCUGCAACCACAUGGAGAUCCUGCAGCCUGCUGACAUCCCAUGAGCAUCAUGAGGUUGUGGAGCCAUGAUGAGACCCUACAGCCAUGAUGAGAGACCCUACAGCCAUGAUGAGAGACCCUACACCUGUGAUGAGAGACCCUACACCCAUGAUGAGACCCUACACCCAUGAUGAGAUCCUACACCCAUGAUGAGACCCUACACCCAUGAUGAGAUCCUACACCCAUGAUGAGAUCCUACACCCAUGAUGAGAGACCCUACACCUGUGAUGAGAGACUCUACACCCAUAAUGAGACUCUACAGCCAUGAUGAGAGACCCUACACCCAUGAUGAGACCCUACACCCAUGAUGAGAGACCCUACACCCAUGAUGAGACCCUACACCUGUGAUGAGAUCCUACACCCAUGAGACCCUACACCUGUGAUGAGAGACUCUACACCCAUAAUGAGACCCUACACCCAUGAUGAGAUCCUACACCCAUGAGACCCUACACCUGUGAUGAGAGACUCUACACCCAUGAUGAGACCCUACACCUGUGAUGAGAGACUCUACACCCAUGAUGAGGGACCCUACACCUGUGAUGAGAGACUCUACACCCAUAAUGAGACCCUACACCCAUGAUGAGAGACCCUACACCCGUGAUGAGAUCCUACACCCAUAAUGAGACCCUACACCUGUGAUGAGAGACUCUACACCCAUAAUGAGACCCUACAGCCAUGAUGAGAAACCCUACACCCAUAAUGAGACCCUACAGCCAUGAUGAGACCCUACACCCAUGAUGAGAGACCCUAUACCUGUGAUGAGAGACUCUACAGCCAUGAUGAGACCCUACAGCCAUGAUGAGACCCUACACCCAUGAUGAGACCCUACGCCUACGUCAAGAUAAUGAAACCACACUAAGAUCCUACGGCCCUGAUCAUAUCCUGCAUCCAUGCUGAGAUCCUGUGCCCAUCCUAAAGUCCUACGCCUACACCGAGAUCCUGCAUUCACACUGAUUCCACACCUACACCAAGAUCAUGGAAUCAUGGAAUGGUUGGGGUUGGAAGGGACCCAAAGGAUCAUGAAUCUCCAACCCCACUGACACAGGCAGAGCCACCAACCUCCAUAU